ACUACCCCAACAAAGCACAUAAGUGAAGAAUUCCAUGGAAUCACCAUGGAGUUUUUCCGCGAGUUUCCAAGGAUGAUUCCUUUGUUACCCUGAAGAGGUUUCUCAAUAAUUAUUUUUUGUCAUCUUUAUAGCCUUCCUAGAAGUUUCUAGUGUUUUUUUAAAACCAUGAAAAACUAGAAAAGUGAAGUUUCCAUUCAAGGCGUCUUUUGGAUAGAUUUUCUUAUAAAAAUUAAUAAAAUCUCGCUAAGAUUGAUGAUGAGUUGAAAGAUGUUCCCAAAUAAACCUCCACAAUGAACGGUUUGAGAAAGCAACAAAAGAGGUCUUUCAGGACAUCCUAAUAAAAACAGCGUAGAAAUCAAAACACGAGCCGGUUGCGGAAAAUCUUUAAUUUUUUCAAAGUUUCCUAACAUUUUAGCCAAUAUCUCGCAUCAGUUUCCUUCCUAAUUACUUCCUGAAUCAAUUGGAUUAAUUGCAUUUGUGAAAAUGGCUCAAUCAGCUCCAACAAAUCAAUCAACGCUCCUUCCUCUUGAACUCGUGGACAAGUGCAUAGGUUCGAGGAUUCACAUAAUAAUGAAGAAUGACAAAGAAAUGGUGGGAACAUUGCUGGGUUUCGAUGAUUUCGUCAAUAUGCUCCUUGAGGAUGUAACAGAGUACGAAAAUACCCCCGAGGGGCGAAGAAUAACAAAGCUAGAUCAGAUCCUUCUCAAUGGGAACAAUAUAACAAUGCUUGUUCCUGGAGGAGAUAUGCCUGAUUCCUCAGCAGCAUCUUAAGAUUACGCACCAAUGAUCCAUCAAGGGUUGGGAAUUAUCUCUCUGGGAUGCUUUUUUGAAGAUAUUUUCUUAAUUUUCUUGUGAAAAAUAAAAUAUUUGAAGCUA